CGGAGCGCUCCUGCCUCGGCCCCCAUCGAGGAUCAACUCAUCAGGGGAAAGGUGAAUGCUCUCAAUGACAGUCAUGCUCAGCUGAUGGUGCACUGGCUGGGCGAGGGCACCGACGUGAUGAUCUGCCUGGCGCGUGAACCGCCCCUCGGUCCCAUGGAGGAUGCAAAGAUGACUGAGACGCCGUCUCCGUCGGCUGUCUUCAUCUCCUACGACUACGGGGAUACGUUCCAAGAUAAGACGGACAUGUUCAAAGUGUCGGUGAAUGGAAGUGAGGGAAACUCGACACUGGAUCAAUUCAUCACACAUCCAAAAUUCAAUACGAUUGUCUUCACUGAUCCGAGGCAUAAGACGAUUUUUACUAGUCUUGAUCAUGGAAAAACUGUGCAGCGAAAUACACUGGACUUUUCUCCAUCAGACAUUUCUUUCUACGAUCUGGAUCGCAAGACCUUCUUGGCACUCGACAAGGAGGAUCCGGAGAGGAAGUUGUACUACACAAAUGACUUUGGCCAGAGCUUCACUCUUAUCCAGAGUUUUGUCAAGUCCUAUGUGUGGUCUUCGGGCGAGGGAAUGCCUGUCCAUCUGUAUGUGGAGCGCAAGGAGGCUAACAAUGCAUCAGCUGUGAUCUUCAUGAACGCGUCGGAGCUGGUGAAAGAACGCGCCAAGAUUAAGUUCAACCUGUUGAUUGAAAAUGUGCAGGACUUUCAUGUGAAGAAGGACUUUAUGUUUGCCACUCGGAAGGUGAUGAAUGACACACAGUUGCUGAUCUCCUACAAGCGAGGGCGAUUCGUGAAGGCAGAAUUCCAGUCAAACCUCCCAAUUCGGGGUCUUCAUAUUGCUGACGUCGAAGGCAAGAGGAUCUUUGUCUCUGUCGUCCACAGUGAAAUUGUGUGCCAUCUGUAUGUCUCCGAGGUGGACGAGAAGGUGACUCAUGUAUUCUUUGUGCCCAGCUUGGAGAAUGUGUUUACAUUCGUCCCGGAACUAACGUGGAGAUCCAGCUGGCUCAUUCAGACGUCCGACGAGGCAUUUACAGAUCUCUACAAAGUGGAGGGAUUACGUGGAAUUUACAUUGCGAGUCGCGUCUCUCGCCAGCCGUCGUGGGGCUUGAAGGUUGUGGGGAUCGUUGGGCCUGAGCAUCUCGUCUCGGUCAUCACGUUCGAUCAUGGUGCAUCGUGGCGUCCAAUCACCGCGCCCACAGUCGACGAUGAGGGGCAAUUUAUCAAUUGCACCAAAGAUUGCAGUCUCCACUUAUCGCAGAAAUUCAGUCAACUCUACCCAGUGACGCGAUCACCCACAAUAAUGAGCUCGAAAUCUGCUCCGGGUGUCAUAAUGGCUUCCGGGACAGUUGGAAAGAGUCUGAAGGGACAUCCGGGAGUGUUUAUAUCUCGUGAUGCUGGUGUUACAUGGAAGCAAAUCCUCAAAAACUACCAUUUCUUCAACUUUGGCGAUCACGGCGGCAUUCUCGUGGCUGUAAAAUACUUCAAGUCGAAGGGAGAGACGCUGGAGAUUCUCUACUCGACUGACGAGGGAGAGAAAUGGCAUUCGACUCCGUUCCACAACAGAGAGCUCAAGGUGUAUGGACUGAUGAUUGAGCCUCACACGAAUACGACGAUUUUCACUCUCUUCGGAUCUGAACCUGAAGAGCACAGAUGGUUGAUCAUUAAAAUUGAUCUGAAGAGUGCGUUUAGCAGCAACUGCACGCAGGACGACUACAAGUUUUGGGCUCCAGGUUCUCUCACCGGUGACACACUGAUGCCGUGCGUUCUGGGACUCCAGGAGACGUACCAGAGGCGAAUUCCGCAUGCAAACUGUCACAAUGGUUUAGACUAUCAGCGGCCCACGAGGACUGUAGUGUGUCCCUGCAAUGGAUGGGAUUUCGAGUGUGAUUUUGGAUUCUCGAGGAUGAACUACAAUUCUCCGUGCAUCCGGAAUAAGACACUCACUAGCUAUGAUCCUUACAAAAUCCCAUCAACGUGCAAACCAGGUGGAUUCUACAAUCGCACGAAGGGAUACAGGAAAAUCGACGGCGACGUGUGCAUUGAUGGAUACUCGUCUCAGUAUUUGCCACAGGAGAUUGCUUGCCCAAUGGAGGAGGCCAAUAGUUUCUUGAUCGUGGCGCAGCGUGAUCACAUCUCACGAAUUGAUUUGUCCACCGGCAAGAAGGAGCAACUUCCAGUGUCUGAUCUGAGAAAUGUUAUAGCCAUUGACUUUGAUCUCAAGAACAACUGUGUGUUCUGGGCGGACAUCCUAACAGACACCAUUGGGAGGCAGUGCUUAAAUGGAAAUCAGUCCCGUGAGGUUCUUGUGGAUACAGAUCUCGCAUCUGUGGAGGGAAUGUCAUACGACUGGGUGUCUCAGUUGCUGUUCUUCGUGGAUGGCACACGAACGAAGAUUGAGGCUGUCAAGACGUCACUUGAUGCCCACGCGAGGAUGCGAAAGACUAUAAUUGGGUCUGCUCACUUGGCUAAACCGCGCGGAAUUGUUGUUCAUCCGCUUCAGGGAUAUUUGUUCUGGACAGAUUGGAGCUCGGCAAAACCUGCGUUAUCUAGGGCUAAUCUUGAUGGGACAGACAUUAAGGUGCUCUUCUCGAAGCCACAAGUUGUAUGGCCGAAUGGCGUUACUAUUGACUAUAUUGCCGAGAGAGUGUAUUGGGUGGAUGCCAGCAAAGACUACAUAGCCAGUUGUGAUCUCCACGGUCUUGGCUUCCAGAAGAUUCUCGAGCAAGAUCCUCGAGUGGCUCAUCCGUUCGCUGUGGCUGUGUAUAAGGAUCUGAUGUACUGGGAUGACUGGAAGAUGGACUCGGUGUUCUCGGCGGACAAAGACAAGGGGAUAAUAAUCCACUCGAUUGCCGAGGAGAUGGCGACACUAAUGGAUCUCAAGGUUUACGCUCACUCCAUCCAGGAGGGAACGAAUGCAUGCAGCGAGAACAAGUGCUCUCACAUGUGCGUUGGAGCCCCCAAAAACGGAUACACUUGCCUCUGUCCCGAUGGCAUGGAGAAAUCCCCAACGGGAGAAUGCCUCUGUCCAGGCAGCUUGAAGCCGUAUGCUAACAAGACUUGCCCUCAGCUGGCCAAUACUUGUGCACCGGGAUAUUUCACCUGCAGCAAUCGCCUCUGCGUGCCCAUGAUGUAUCGCUGUGAUGACGAGAAUGACUGUGGAGACAACUCUGAUGAGAUGGGAUGUCUUCUCAAGACACUUCCCUGUCCUCCACACAUGUUCACUUGCAAGUCCGACAACAUUUGCAUUCCACAGUAUUUUGCUUGUGAUCACGAGAAGGAUUGCAACGAUGGUAGUGAUGAGCUGAACUGCUCAUUCCACGCAUGCGACAAUAAUGAGUUCCGAUGUCAGAAUGGACGAUGUAUCAUAGACAAGUGGGUGUGCGAUGGCGAGGAUGAUUGUCGCGACAAGUCAGAUGAGUCCAAUUGUACGGCCAAAAACAUCACAGCUCAUAUUCAAUGCAAGCCUGAUGAGUUCAAAUGCAACUCAACGGGAACGUGCAUUCCAUUGCAGUGGCGAUGUGACAAUGAUCAUGACUGUCCUGAUUCUAGUGAUGAGAACAAUUGCACUAAUAAUUCCUGCGAUCCGUGGAUGUUCAACUGUGGCGACGGUCACUGUAUAUACAAGACUUGGACUUGUGAUGGUGAUCAGGACUGCACGAAUGGGGCGGAUGAGCAAAAUUGUCCCAACAUCACGGCCAUUCCGCCCAGAAAGCCAGGCAUCAAUGUUCUGCCGUCAGAUGUGUGCCAUGACUGGAUGUUUAAGUGCAACAAUAGCAAGUGUAUUCCCUACUGGUGGAAAUGCGACGGUGUGAAUGACUGUGGCGAUCUGUCAGAUGAGCUGGGCUGUGCCCCAUCUAACAUCACAACCACCACCUCUAAACCCAUUCAUCCGCCGAUGGUGGAGAAGUGCAAACCGAAUCAGUUCCGCUGCGACUCAGGACUGUGCAUCCUGAAGCGGUAUGUGUGCGAUGGAAUGGCGGACUGUGACAAGGGUGAGGAUGAGGAGCAUUGCUCGAAUGAUGCGAAGAAAAUUUGUGGUGCUGGUAAAUUCCGGUGCUACAGCGAUGGCCUGUGCUUGCCGAUGGAGAAAAGGUGUGACAAGUUCAUCAACUGUAUUGAUGGAAGUGAUGAGGAGGACUGCGAGAAGCAUCCCAAUCGCCCGAUGCCUCCGGUUAGUUGCAAAACGGGCUACUUCACUUGUGACAACCAUUGUAUGCCACUUGGAAAGUUGUGCGAUGGUAAGCAGGACUGCUAUGAUGGUUCCGAUGAGAAGGCUUGCAACACCUCGUCGAGAAUUUACCAAGUGAUUCAUAUUGGAGUGGACGAGAGGACGCUUAACGCCACCAACUUGCUAAUGUUCUGGUGGAUUCCUGUGCCACAGAACAUUGUCUUUGAGUUCUUGCCAUCGAUUUCCCUCAUUGACACUGGUAUAUGGAAGAAUCACACUGAAUGGUUGUCCAAUACGGAGCACAGAGUGACAAACCUGAGGCCGUACACGUCGUACAACCUCACGGUAUAUGUACGUGUCAAAGGAGCGCUGCGCGUCUCGCCGCCCUAUCUCUUCCUCACCACUACAACGGCUGAAGGUGUUCCCACGGAACCGGUCAAUGUCACUGCCGUCCAGAUGAAUGGCUCCAGAGUACAGGUGUCAUGGAAAGCGCCGAGUAUGUCGUGUGGAGUGCUCGUGGGCUACACUGUGUACUACAGUGUCAUCAGCGGGACCAAUAACUACGCCCCAUUGCAGCCACAGUCAGUGACAACGGGUGCCAAUGAGACCUCAAUAACCAUUGAGACGAGCUUCUUCGGCAACACCACUUAUUUGUUCUGGGUGAGAGCGAAGAAUACCAAGUACGAGAGCGCGAACAGCCAAAUGGCCAAACUUACAUUUGACGAUACCACAAAUAUCGAUGCUCUGAAGAAUCUUGUGCUCGUGGAAACGUACAACGACACAGUGAAAAUCAAGUGGGACCCAAUUACACGCGUGGAUGGAUACAUCGUACAAUUGGUUCUACCUCAGCCCUAUCCUCACAUCCCGGCGAUGACGACCAAAGAGACACAGAUGGUUUUGACCAAACUCAAUCGGGGUGUGCGCUAUGUUAUCAAGGUGUCGGCGUUUGUCAAGCAAUUCUUCGGGAGAUCUCAAGUAUUGACAGUACUAAUACCCGGCGAAGAACUUAUGGAAGUUCCACAUUUAGGGAUCUCAGGCAAUCACACAGGACCGUCAGUGACUUUGUCGUGGAGGAGACCGCCCUAUAACCAUAAUAUGGAUAUCGAGUAUGGCAUUUACUACGGAACGACUCUUCAAGAGGUCUAUGAGAAGGUUAGGCUGAGGACACACGAUACUGAGAUUGUCGUUACGGACAUUUAUCCGUGUGAAGCGUAUCUCUUUAAUGUUGGAAUUAUUGGGCCUGUUGGUCCGGGACCACUGAACUACAGUCCCCUUCGCUUCGACACUCCCUUCAAUGAGAAGUGGCCACCGAAGAACCUCAAUGCCUACGUCGAUGGGAAGAGGCACGAGUUGAUAAUAACAUGGGAUCACAGUUGUCCUUUUGGCGAUGUGCCAUCGGGUUAUGCGAUUACCGUGACGGAGAUGCAGCUGAACAAGACAUCGGUGGUUGUGCCGAAAUUGGACAACAACAGGAGCAUGACUCACGUUUUCACGGGUAUUCCUGACGGUGCUGAGUAUGAUAUCACCGUUGCAACAAAUACCAAAGAUUCAGUGCCAGUCUCGAUGAUAAUUUACUCUCCGCCACUUCCGGUGCCGCGCCAACUAAGAGUGUGGCAUGAGAAGAACAAUACUCUUACGGUCUACUGGAAGGAGAUUCAGAACUACACAGCUGAGAGGAUCAAAUAUCAAGUUGUGAUUAUUCUCAAUGCGAGGAAUUAUGAUCCAGUGAGGGAAAACAGGAUGUAUCGAGUGACACCGUUGUACGUUCUCGAAAGUCCUUAUCCUCCUGUGUCUGUGAGCCUUACCAAACUCAAUGCGAUUCAAGGCUUGGAGGAGGAGGUUCUAGGAACGGACAGGACAUACAUCGUUGGUGUGAGGACCAAAUCGUCAAGAGGCUUCUAUUCCCAAUUCGGCGAGUCUGAGUUGUUUGAUUCGAUUACCACUUUCAGCGCGAAACGGGAGGAGGAACUCACUUCUUAUACUGUCGUGUGGGUUGUAAUUAUGACAGCGCUUGUGCUCAUCAUCGCAGGUGUUGUGAUAUUCUUCGUGCAAAAGCACAGGAGACAGCAGAAUUCCUUCUCGCGAUUCGCCAAUUCGCACUACGAUUCGAAGACUGGUGCCACUAGAAUCGGUGCUGAUGUGCUGGAGGAUGAGGAACAUCACGAAACACCGCGAUUCGCUGACGAUGAGCCACUUGUUAUAGCAUAAUUUCACCCACACACGCCGCAAAACGAAAGUCUUCUAAGAGCAUACGAGUAGAUUGAGAGAGAGAGAGAGAAGCAACCAAGAUUUUCUAAUAUUGAAUUUUAUUAAGAAGAAACAUGUGUAUUUUCUAGAUAAUAGUGGGAGGCAGUAGAAUCAGUCUUCUGUUGUGUAAUUUUUGUUGCCUAUUUUAUAUUUUUAUAUAUUAUUUGUGUUAUUAUUUUAAUGAUAUUACAAAAUGACGGGAAAGAGAGAGAGAGAAAGAGAGAAACUAGGAAAAUCGUGAGAAAUGUUUAAGAUUGAAGAAGUAAGUUUAAUAGGAGAAAUAUUUCUUAUUCUAUCGAAAAGCAAAGACGAACCAGUAAAAUGAUACAAAUAUUAUACAGAUAGUUAAUGUUUAUAUUGAUUUCAAUGCUGCAUCUGGUAGAAAUGAGGUAAGAGAGACCAAUCUUUCGGACAGUGGAGUGGAAAGUUGCGGAGAAAGUUGCUAAAUUCAUAAUAAUUCCGUGUUCUCUGACAUGGCAAAGGAAAUUCGUGUGGCAGCAUUUUAUCAAUACUGUGAUUUUUAAAGUAACAUUUAAUAAUUAAAGUAACUAUUAUUUAAUGAGGGUUUCGUGUAAUUAGAGGAAAAAAAUAGAGAAGAGGAGAUGAAAAACACACAACAAUGAAAACUAUUUCAAUUGCAAGCUUGAAGUGGAAUGUUUGAUUUUUUCCUGUAAUUGAUUCCAGCUGGAUUUUCUUCGUUAUCUUUCUUUAUUCGCUCUUUGCACUUUAGAAUACAUGGGAUAAUAAUGGAAAAGCUCAUCUACGUGCCUUGGUAGUGAUCAUAGCCGAGCUCCAAUUGAAGAAAACGAUUGAGAGAUUCAACGUAGAUAAACUUUCUUAGUUGGGAAAUUGAAAAAAAAAUUGUAUUUCUCUCAUUAUUUUGAAUAUCACUCAUUCGGACAAGUCACUUCAUUCUAUUUAGCAAGAAAAGACGAAAACACUGACUGAGAUGAAACAUUCCACUUCUUUAUUUAUUUCGAGGGGAGAAGAAAUGAGAAAGAGAGAGAGAGACAAGAAGUAGGGUAAUGAGUAACUAUUAAAAGGCCAAAGUAAUCAAUUGAGUAAUAGAUGCAAAUUACUAACUGCCAAUUUCUAAACAACAAUAAUUUCUCCUUUAAUCAAUUUUCUUCCAAUCUCUAUGCGAUAAGAGAAGUCUUUUCUGUAUGGAUUUUUUUCUACUGAUAAAAGAUAUAUAAGAUAAAAUGUUUUUUCUUCAUCAAAGUAUUGUAGUCUUUUGAAAAUGUUAUACUAAUUUGUAAUGAUUUGUGGGCUGGAGAUAAACGAAAAGAUGCUGUAACGAGUAAACCAAAUAAGACAAUGAUAAGUAAUUUCUGCGCUCUGAGAACAAGCACGCGUGUGGGAGAGAAAAUAAAUGAGAGAGAGAGAGAGGGAGGAUCAGAGGCGCAGUGACUGAAAAUUAGUUAUGCGAUAAAAAAUGUUCUAUACUGAAUGUAAUAAAUGUGAAGUAACAUUGAGAUUAAUGAAAAUAUCAUAUUGCCCUCCCUAAAAGACACAUACAUAUAACAAUUAUCCUCGUUGGAUGUCUAUCUCUCUAUUAACCAGAACUUUUCCCCGUGUCUCCCAUAGAACGCCCUCAGAAAUCUGUUUUCUAUUCUUUCUAUCAUUAACAAACACUCACGAAAAUCCUCAAACCCUUCUUCCAGAAACACUUUUCAAUCGUCUAACUUUUCUACCUAAAAUAAGCAGUCAGAGAGAGAAAAAGGAUGUGUUUAAUGGAAUAGCAAAGACAGAAAAUCGCAUAAGAUGUUUCAUAGAGAAAAAAGAUGUCAUUCAGUAUUUCGUUGUGAAUAUAGAACCAAGAAGUCUAACUAAAUGCAAAUUAAAGUUGUGAAUUUUACCCUAAUAUUGAUGAAAUGUGUGUUAUUUUGUAAGGAGUCAGCAAGAAAUGAUUACGGAGAUGAUUCGUGGCACUGAUGAAAUACAUAUAUCAAUUGCUCAAUCAAUAAGCAUUAUUCCUGUUUGUCGACGUAUAAUUGUGAACUUUGUGUAAAUCUUCACAAAGGAAUGUAAUUUGUUCACUCUUCAAUGGCUAUAAUAACAGAAGAAAAACAAUAUGAUUGUCCACAGUCAUCAUUGUAGGAUUUUUUUGCUGUGCAGUUUGGUAAAAUUAGAGAGAGGAAGAAAAAAAAAAGUAUGAUUUUUUAUUGGCUAUACAAAAGUAAGGAAACCUUUUUUAUGGUGUGUGUAAAAGUGCAUGACAAAGGAAAUUACAAAAUAAUAUCGAUAGGGGAAUUUUGCACGUAAACCGUUGGUUUAUGAAUUUGUAUUUUUUAGAUAAGUUUGGAGAAAAAAGAGAGAAAAAAACAAGGAGGCGAGAGAAAAGUUUGUGAGGAAUAAAAUAUUUUAAGUUGACGGUAUAAAAAUGAUGAUCCUGUAAAUAUAGAAUUGAAGAUGAAAUAAAUUAAAAUUCCCAAUCCAGUGAAUGAAACAA